UAACGGCUAACGCUCCGCAUUCCUGCGCCGGGGGCUUCGGUCCUUGGUUUGCGUACUGAUGUUUGACCUAUAUGGUGACACACUCAAGAUUUGUAAAUUUGCUGAGAGUCUGGAAUGCAGAGGUGGAAGGCACCUCCUGUUUUAGAGCGCAUGUAUAUUUCGUUUCCGUGACGCAUCCAUUCCACAAAAAGAUACAAACGUGCGGACGCGCCAUCAACUAAAGAACUCCCGCCCCUCCCCCAGUCUAACUCCAGGAUCGUGGAUCUGCCCUCGCCGCUCUCCCGAAGCUAUUCGGGCAGUGUCCGCAGCGUAUCGGAGGGUGCUAGAAUCCGGCGUCCGCCCCUUCACCCCCAAUAUCACCCUGCCUGACGCACGCGUGCUGACGGGGGAGGGGUAGAGGGGAAAGCUUUUCCUGCACACAGCUCGCGGUCCGGGCACCCGGGACGAGAUGCCCGGCCAGGGUCUGGUGUCCGACUGGACGGAGUGCAGCUCUUCCGCAGAGCCGCCUGCAGUGGCCAGGACCGAGGGCGGCGGCGGCGGAUCACCUGGACAUUCUUAUUACCAGAAUUCCAAAGGUACUGAUGGAAUCAAAGAUGGACACAAAGUAAACUCACACGUAGUCAAGCUGCAAGAGUUAAGGAAAACUCCUCAAAUUCAAACAAUUCACAUCCCUAAAUCAAUGACGGAUGCGUCCUUUCUAAAGAUAAAAGCCUGUAAACCUAGUUCUGUCUUCCAGCAUCCAGACUUCACCAUGGGCCAGAAGCGUUAUCUGUGCAGCAUUGCUAAGAUCUACAAUGCCAACUACCUGAGGACAUUAAUGAAGAGGCAGUACAUGCACAUGGUCGAGCACAGCUCUCCAAAGCCAGGUGUCCUCACUCAUCACAGGAGCCGCCUCAGUUCUCAUUACUCACAGAAGCACCAUUACCCCUGCACUACAUGGCGACACCAACUGGAGCGAGAAGACUCAGGGCCUUCUCAGGUCGUAGCUGCUGCUGUCCCUGAAAUGAUCAUACAGCAUUCCCUCUGGCGACCAGUGAGAAACAAAGAAGGGCCUGUUUCUUAUUGUUUAAAAGGAGGAAAAUGUACCCCGAUUUUAUUUGAAAGUUUAAAACCUGGAUAUGUGUCUAAAACAAGAUGUAAGUCACUGAAGAUUUUUAGAAAACCAGGCAGACUGUUCAUACAAUCAGUUUCUACAAAUGAUUCUGAAUCAUACAUGAAUGAAGAAAAAAAGGAAGAAGAUUUACUAAAUAAGUGUAUGCAGUCAAUGUCAAUUGAAGAAGGGGGAGAAGAACAUCUGAUGUUAACUUGACAAGCUUGUCUUGUGUAUUGAUGAUGUGCCAAAAGUAGGGGGAAGGGGUUGUGAAUUGUGUCCUCUCUCCACAUUUAGGAUAGUAUUGUUAGUUACCAUUAAGUCAUUUUGGUUUGUUUAGGAACUUUUACAACAAUGUAAUUGGUUUGAUGUAGUUCCGUGUACCAAUGAUAAUUGUAAUAAAGUCUGUGUGUAAUACAUGCUUUUAUUUCUAGCUCGAUAAAAUUAAAAUUUUUGUCACUUAAAAUUGAAUUAUUUUUCUUUAAAUCUGACGCAUAGUAUAAUUCUUUCUCUGUUAACAGUAAGUCCUAAAACAGCAAUAUUAGCAUAUCCAACAAGUAUUUUCUUGAUUGGGCUGAGGAAAACUCUGAAAUAUCCUAAUACAGAAUAGCAUUUGAUAGAGAUAACACCCUGGCUUGCAAAGAAGGUGCUUAAUAAAUAUUUGUUGCUUGAAUACAACUUAAAAAUGGAAUUAUUAAUUUUCCCUGUUAUGAAAAUUGCCACACAAACGUUUGGCCUCUUGAAUUUGAUUAAGUUGGGUGUGGCUGUACUAAUGAGAGGAUUCUUUAUAUUAUAUAUUCCUUCUAGGGUACUUCUCCCCUUCCAUAUGGCAUAUUAUUUAGAAAGUGAAAUCCAAGUCCAAUGUAUGACCCAGAAUGUUGUAAGAAAUGAGAGAGCUCUGAAAGGUCAUGUCUACCUCAUCACUUUAACACUUGUCCACAGUUUCAUUUGGUCUCUUGUUUUUAUGAUUUUUAAAAAUUAAACACAGUUUAUCAAAAAAGUAUAAAUGAAAGGCAACUGUUUAUUACUGGAGAAGAGAAAAAUGUAUACAAGAAAGUCCAGAUUCUUUCUCCUCAUGCACUACUUUUGUAAUAAAGUUCCAAAUAUCAACUUUGAAGAUAUUUACAAGGAUAAAUUUUUCUUAACGUGACCAUUUACCGUGUGGUGGACAUUUGUUCAUAGAAAUCAUAUACUUAAACUCAAUAAAUUCUUAUAGUUUACAAGAAGCUUAGAACAUUGUAUU